AUGCUCAACGAGAUACGUUCUCAUUUCAUGUUGAAUUCCAAGGUUGGUGAAACAUUUACUAAACGUCUAUUACUUUCGGAAAUUGCGAGGAUUUUUGAUCCGUAUGGAUGGUUAAGCCCACUUGUGAUCGUGGCGAAGAUCAUUUUGCAACACCCGUGGAAGAACAAGUUGGAUUGGGACGACCCGCUGCUAGACACAAUGAGCAAAUGGUGGUCGGAUCAUCGAUCUUCCUACAGUGCUCUUCGCUCCUUUGAAUUACCACGACAUUGCAAUGACGAACACACUCGGGUAACCACAUAUAGUCUGCGCGGUUACAGUGACAGUUCGGAACAAGCUUAUGCUGUUGCUCUUUACCUAGUGUCGGUGUUUCCUGAUGGCGAAUCAUCAUCACAUUUAGUUCUGUCUAAGACCAGAGUCGCACCUCUAAAGACCCAAUCAAUACCAAGGCCUGAGUUGUGUGGUGCUACGUUGUUAGCAUCCUUGACCAAACACCUACUAGAGGCACUGUCUACAAUCAAAAUUGAAUCAAUCAACUUGUGGACGGAUUCUACCAUCAACAGUGGAUUCAGAGUGAUCCACACCGGUGGACCACCCUCGUAUCCAAUCGAGGACCUGUCAGGUGAUCAACUCAUUACGAAUGCCUUGUGGUGGCAUGGUCCACAAUGGCUAUUACCUCCCAAUCCAUGGCCACAGUCUACGUUUGAAUGUGAGGAUCACAAUCAAACUCGUCAAGAGGAACGUAAACCACAUGUAACCACACAUGUGACCACACAUGUGACCACAGAAGUUGACGCGUUUAACUCCAACUUUCUAGCUAAGUAUUCGGAUUUGACUCUUCACUUAACUGGAUUACCAACUGUGUGUGAAUGGCGAUCAGCCAACUUAAAAUGGAUCCGGUUAGUACAAGAGGAAUGCUUUCCACUCGACAUUCAUCAGCUACAACUGGGUCUCCCCGUCAAGUCAUCCAGUACUUUGGUCAGUCUACACCCCUUCCUUGACGUAGCAGGGGUCUUACACGUUGGUGGUGGACUCACUCAAUCUAGUUUACCUUAUUACAUGAGGCAUCCAGUUCUCUUACCAAAGGCACAUCUGUACACAACAAUGGUCAUACUCUCCAUCCACCUUCUCCACCAGCAUGCUGGUCUCAAUGUCACUAUGUCUCUGGUGCGGCAGAAGUAUUGGGUUGUACACGGGCGCAGCAUCAUCAGAAAGGUUCUUCAUGAUUGA